GAUUGUCCUUGAAGAGACGGCGACUAAGGUCUCACUCCACAGUUUGUAUGCUGGAAUGCAAGGAUGGAUUAAAAGUGAAGGCACCUGCGUUCUCACUCUGAAUGCUGAGCGGGAUAUUAGGAUUCUGGACGUUUCAAGCUAUAAUAAUCUCAUUCUCAAUCUGUAUCACCAAUCGCUUGCCAAGGAACUGAACAAGGUGCUAUACUGCAAGGCAGACGAUAGUUCGACCACGAUUACAGCUAUGACGCGUUCCGAGGUUAUGAAUGGGGAUGAGUGUUGCAAGGGAAAGGUUUUCGGUGGCGAGACAGUGUACAUUUUGUGUUAAGAGUAUGUGGUCACUGCCACGG